AUGUUUCUGCAACGUUCCGUCAUCGCUGCGGCCCGCCGCGCCGCCGUCGCCCCCGCCGUCUCCCGCAGCUUCGCGACCUCCCUCAUCCGUCGUGAAGCCGUCAAGGGUGGCCCGUCCACCCCGAACGAGCAGGCCGCUGCUCUCGCCGGCGUCGCGGAAAAGAAGAUUGGUUCCUACAAAACCCUCAAGGAGAUCCAGGCCGAAGAAGAUCUCUUUGGCCCUGGUGCCGCCCCCGGUACCGUUCCCACCGACCUCGAGCAGUCCACCGGUCUCGAGCGUCUGGAAAUUCUCGGCAAGAUGGAGGGCGUCGACAUCUUCGACAUGCGCCCGCUUGACGCCAGCCGGAAGGGAACCAUGGACAACCCCAUCAAGGUCCGUUCCGCCGGCGACGAGCAAUUUGCCGGUUGCACCGGAUAUCCCGCCGACUCUCACGGUGUAAACUGGCUUGGUCUUACGCGCGAGCGCCCCAUUGAGCGGUGCCCCGAGUGUGGUAGCGUCUACCAGAUGGAGUACGUUGGGCCUCAGGAUGACCAUCACGGCCACCACCACGGCCCCGAGCUCGAGGAGCCCAAGACCUUUGCCGAUUUUAUCAAGCCCGAGUACCGCUACCAAUGA